UUUACAGAAUGGGUCGCCGACCGGCAAGGUGCUACCGGUAUAUCAAGAAUAAGCCGUAUCCAAAAUCGCGUUUCUGUCGUGGUGUCCCCGACCCGAAGAUUCGUAUUUUCGAUCUUGGCAAGAAGAAAGCUAAUGUUGACGAGUUCCCAUGUUGCGUUCACAUGAUGUCCAACGAACGUGAACAUCUUUCAUCGGAAGCUCUUGAAGCUGCUCGUAUCUGCGCCAACAAAUACAUGGUGAAGAACUGCGGAAAGGACGGUUUCCAUCUUCGAGUUCGUAAGCAUCCCUACCACGUAACCCGCAUCAACAAAAUGUUAUCAUGUGCCGGCGCUGAUCGUCUGCAGACUGGUAUGCGUGGAGCUUAUGGAAAGCCUCAGGGUUUGGUGGCUCGUGUUGACAUCGGAGAUAUUCUCUUCUCAAUGCGCGUUAAAGAAAGUAACGUAAACCAUGCUGUGGAAGCUUUCCGUCGUGCUAAGUUCAAGUUCCCCGGUCGUCAGUUGAUUGUUGUCUCUCGCAAGUGGGGAUUCACCCGUUGGGACAAGGCUGAUUACGAGCGCAUGCGUGCUGAGGGACGUCUGCGAUCUGAUGGCGUUGGUGUCCAACUCGUACGCGAACACGGUCCACUCACGAAGUGGCUAGCCAACCCCAUCUAA